AUGGAUGUACCAUUAUCACAAGAACUCCCUGAAUUGAUCUCUUUUAGAGAUGAGAAUGGAGUAAUGGUAAGAGAAAGCUUAGACUAUGAAUGGAGGCCUACUAUGUACACUAAAUGCAAGAUGAUUGGGCAUGUGCAUACUGCCUAUAGACAAGGUAAACUUAAGAAGGUUUGGGUUAAAAAGUUAACCAAACAGAUUCAGCCUCCAGUUACUGAGUAUGUCACAAGUCCAGUUUUGGAUCCAGAGGGUUUUCGGUCUCUAAGGCCAGUCAGGGUUAGAGCUUCACCAGGAGCUCCAGUUAGGACAUCUAAUGUCUUCCAGAUAUUAGAAACUACUCUGACUGGAGAUGCAGGUUUGGAGGUUGAGAAAGGCAAUGGUAAGCUUUACCAAAAAUUCUUUGCGAAUUGGUCUUUUACAAGUAAUUCUAGUUAUCAUGCUGGUGGUAGAAUUGUUGUAGUUUGGAAGGCUGGAUGCUUUAAUGUCAAUAUUGUAGCUGCUUCUGGUCAGUUUUUGCAUUGCCAUGUUACUCCUGUAAGUGGUAUGCUUAGCUUCUAUUGCACUUUCUUUUAUGCUUAUAAUGAUCCUAUUAUGAGACAAGAGUUAUGGAGAGAUUUGAGACUACUUAAUACUCAUGAUCCCUGGUUAUUGUGUGAAGAUUUUAACUGUGUAAUGGCUGUAGAGGAAAGGAUUGGAGCUCCUGUGAGACAGUGUGACAUUGUAGAUAUUAGUAGUUGUAUGCAUACUUGUGGUAUGGAAGACAUUAAGUGUGUUGGUAAUUUCUAUACAUGGAACAAUAAACAUCAAGGUAGUAAAAGAGUUUUCUCAACAAUAUAUAGAAUUUUGGCAAAUCAGGCUUGGCAAGGGUGUUACUCAACUGACGAAGUUUGCUUUAUGCUUGAAGGUCACUUUGAUCAUUCUCCUGGUUUGUUAACAGUUUAUUCUGGGAUUGUUGGGAGUAAAAUGUUUACUCUGGUUAAUAAAUUGAAGAAGGUUAAGCUUGCACUUAAAGAGCUUAAUAAAAUUGCUGAAGAGUUAAGGGCUAUUCAGGAAUAUAGCGCAAAACAUAAAGCUUAUUUGGACUUUUUGAGUCAGAAAGCUAAAGUGGCAUGGCUUAAAGAUGGAGAUGAGAGCACUGCUCUCUUUUUCAUCAAAGCAUUAGAAGCAGGAAUGUGCAGAAUCAAAUCUACACCAUUCAUGAUAUGA